UGAGUCACUAUAGCAGUGCCAGCGAGGGCACCAGUGUUGCAGAGGAAGGCACUGGUGAGUGAGGGGCAGCAUGGCAACAGCUGUCUCGGGUAGAGAAAGGGGAGCCCAGGACCCAACUGAGAUGCCAUAUACAGGGAGCGACACAGUGGAUGAACAAGCUCAACAGGAGGAAGUGGAGGACAAACUGAAGGAGUGCAUUGAUAAUGUGCUGGACAAGAGCAGGAUUCUCUACACUCCCAGAGCACUGCCUUGUUUCCCCAGCACAGUCUCUGUCUUCUCCAGUGCCAAGACACGGCAGGUGGCUCUGGAGAACCUGCGGCUUGCCUUCUCCUCCAAGAUGCUCUUUGACUUCCUGCUGGAACGCAGGCUUACGCUCACAGACUCCUUGGAGAAGUGCCUGAAGAAAGGUAAAGGGGAGGAGCAGUCUCUGGCUGCUACUGUCCUCACACUACUGUGCCUUCAGAUGGGCUCCGGCCCCGAGGGGGAGGAGGUGUUCCGCAGCCUGAAACCCCUUCUCAUCAACAUCCUGACCGACACCUCGGCCAGCCCCAUCUCUCGGCAGAGCUGUGCUGUGGCCCUGGGGAUGUGCUGCUAUAUUGCUGCUGCGGAUUUGGAGGACUUGAUUUCGUGUCUUACCUGCCUGGAGGGCAUCUUCAGCACUUCCUGCCCAGAGGAGGGCAACUCCAUGCCUGCCCAACACAGUCCUCUGCUCCAGACCUUGCACUGCAAUGCCCUCCAGUCCUGGUCCCUCCUACUCACCAUCUGCCCCAGCUCCUACAUCAAGAAGAUCCUGGACAAUCACCUACUCAAGCUGCCGCUAAUGCUGUCCAGCGACAAUGUCAACCUACGCAUCACGGCAGGCGAGACCAUUGCGUUGCUCUUUGAGCUAGCCCGUGAUAUGGAGGAGGAUAAUUUCUAUGAGGACACCGACCUCCUGUGCACCAAGCUGAAAGCCCUGGCCACAGACAGCAAUAAGUACCGGGCCAAGACAGACAGGCGCCGGCAGCGCUCGAUCUUCCGUGACGUGCUGCAUUUUAUUGAGAGUGGUGAGUUUCAUGAGGAGACCAUCAGGUUUGGUCUGGAGUGCAUGUAUGUGGACAGCUGGGUCAGAAGGAGAACAUACGACGCCUUCAAGGAGGUUCUGGGCUCUGGAGUCAGGCAUCACUUGCAGAACAAUGAGCUGCUGCGCGAGAUAUUUGACCUGGGCCCUCCACUGGUGCUUGAUGCUGCCGCCAUCAAAGCCAGCAAGAUCUCCCGCUUUGAGAAGCACCUCUACAACUCGGCCGCCUUCAAAGCCCGGACAAAAGCCAGGAGCCGUGUGCGUGACAAGCGAGCCGACAUCCUGUAACAGGGGCUGCUUCCUGCGACCCCUCCUUCUGCACAAAUCCAUGGACUACAGACCCCAACCACUGUGAUAUAGGGAGAGAAAUGGGAGGGGAGUGGCACCAGAUGCUCCCCCCUCCCCACUCCUGAAAGUGCAAAGCUCAUGCCACAUGCUCCCUCCUCCAGCUCUGGGGGCUUUUAUACAAGAACAGAACCGUGUAUGAGGGUGUGGAUUGUGGAGUUGGUGUGGCAACUAUGGGCCAAGGCCCUUUUUUAUUUUUAUUUUAUUUUAUUUUUUAACCAAAAAAAAAAGUAAGUGAGGUUUUGGGAAGUGGGGAAAUCCUUGCCUCCCCCACCCCUGCUCCCUAGCUAGUGGUUUUUGCCUCCCUCACACUUCCCUCCCUCUCCCCCUCUGGCUGUGUGCACUAGACCAGCCCCCUCCUGCCUCCACCAGUAAAUCGGUCCAGUAGGCUCCCAUAGUCUCCAUGGAGAUGCCAUACAUCAAAAUGUAGCUUGCUGGGGCAUGAGGAAGGGGGUGACAACAGAGGUGCGGGAGAGGUUUCCUGUUCCCUGCCCUGCAGUGGCGGGUGCCUGAUGUAGACUGGCUGAAGCAGACAUUGGGAGAUGCUGCUGGUGGUGGUGUAGUGCAGAGUAGGGUGGGGCGGGUUUCCCCCCCCCCAUGUCUGUGACUCCCAUCAUGCUGUGCCAACAUUGCAGUGCUGCUGUCAUGUCACUCAGGGCCUGCUUGUGUAGACCUGUCCUCUACUCCCAUGGUACAGGCCUGCCUGCCUCUUCCCUUACCCUAGAGCAGGAGCCACUGGCUUCAGUGGCAUCCCUGUGUAGCACUUGGGCCAGACUAGCCACCCAGGCCCCUGUGGGACUAAUGGUUCUCUUAUGUCUUGGUGCUGGGCAGGGCUGUUUGGAGGGUUUCUUACUGCACUGGAAGGGUGGUCUCUAGUAGUACAGGGUGCACUCACAGCGAUGAAAGGAAAGCCUUUCCAUCAUGCCUGCCUGCCUGCUUGCCUGUCCUGGCUCCAUGCAAAGGUCAGCCCCCCUCUCCCUGUUCCCUUGGGGGAACAGGCACUCUCCCCAAAAAGCUGGCAGCACAACCCCCUCCUAACACCGAAGUUGCCUCCUGUCAGUCCAAGCCAAAGCUUGAAGGAGUCAGACUGGGCCAGGUGUGAUGGAGGCUGGAUGAACUCACUCCUCCCUGUGCUAUCUCACCCCAGCCCUGGGACUGGGCAACCUGGAACUGGUCAGAGAUGGGAACUUAACUGCAGCCAAGUGGAACAGAGGGGAUGUGGGGCAACCGUCAAGGCUCUGAAAUGCUGGGGGGGGGGGCCACAGGGCUAAGUACCUGCUUUUAAAUGAUUUGUUUCUAUCCUGUGGUGUAGGUUGUAGUUGUGUUGAUCUAAGGACAUAAGCUGACAAAGUUCUUUACUAAAUCUGGUAUCUUUUAUUAAACCAACCCAAAUAGUUGGAAAAAUUCUCCUUUGCAAGCUUUCAAGUACAAAUACCCUUCAUCAGGCAGAAGAAGCUUCUGUAGUUGGUCUGUGCUCUUCCUGGAUGGAGUAGUAAAGUAGCCAGAGGCCAGUACUUAUUCAAGACAGCCAGUCAGUUAAAAUGUAAAUUAAGGUAGUCAGUAGGUG